GUGGUGAGGGGUGAGGGGUGAGUGGUGUGGUGGGCGUUGGAGGAAGAAAAUCCCUAAUAAAUUUCUCCUCUUCUCACUGUCUACUGUCUAGUGUCUCUCAUACACAAAUCACUCACAGAAGAGAAAGAGAAAGAGAAAGAGAAAGAGAAAGAGAAGUAGAUACUAGAUAGUAGAUAGUAGAUAGUAGAUAGAGAAAAGUAGUCUCCGUCAAGGCAGUAGAGAGAGGGGUUGGAUUAGGUGAUGGCUUCCGGCAGAUACAUGGCUUACUCUCCGUCACCCUCAACCACUCCUCACUCUCCUCAUAUCGCCGGCCUACGCUCUGCUUCCAGCGCUCUCGCUGAACAAGAGAAAUAUCUCGCCGAGUUGUUGGCUGAGCGUCAAAAGAUCGGCCCCUUUAUGCCCAUCCUCCCUAACUGCUACCGCCUCUUAAAUCAAGAAAUAUUGCGUGUAACUACACUGUUGGGGAAUGCUUCAAUUUUAGAUCAAACUGGGCUUGACCAUGCUAGGCCUCUGCCAUCUGGAGGAAUGUAUUCAAAUGGAGGAGCAGAUAUGAAUGGAUGGGCACCACCUUUCCAAUCAGAAAUGUCUGGUCUUUUACACCAGUCUUCAGCUCAGAACUGGCUUGGUUCUCAUGGUAAUUCGUCUGGUCUUAUUGUGAAGAGAACUAUCAGGGUGGAUAUCCCGGUUGACAACUAUCCCAAUCAGUACAACUUUGUCGGGCGUCUUCUUGGCCCGAGGGGGAACUCUCUGAAACGCGUUGAAGCUACAACUGAGUGUCGUGUACUUAUCAGAGGACGUGGCAGCAUUAAGGAUCCGGCAAAGGAGGACAUGAUGCGAGGGAAACCAGGUUAUGAGCAUCUCAAUGAACCGCUUCAUAUACUUGUUGAGGCGGAAUUGCCAGUUGAAAUAAUUGAUGCCCGCCUGAUGCAAGCACGUGAGAUACUUGAGGAUCUGCUCAAGCCUGUGGAUGAAUCGCAGGAUUUCUUCAAAAAACAGCAGCUGAGAGAGUUAGCUAUGCUCAAUGGUACACUUCGUGAAGAUGGUUCUCACAUGUCUGGUUCCGUGUCUCCCUUUCACAACAACAGCCUUGGAAUGAAGAGGGCUAAGACUCGGGGGUGAUACAAUUAUGGUGAUUUUGGAGAUUUAUUAGCUACGAAGGGUAAUUGGACAUUCCCGUGCUACUGGUACUGAUAUACCAGCCACAGUGCUUCCCAAGUCCCAACUGCCAUCGGGGCACUGGCGCAAUAAAUGUGCCAGUUCUAUUUUACUUUUAAUUGUAAACCAAGCAUGUUUAGCAUCUAGUCUGGGAGGCUGAGAUGGUAGUAAGCUUAUAUUGACAACUUGAGUUCAGAUGGCUUGCGUUUGUAUGUUGCUUUAGGAUAGCUAGAAAUAUGCCUUUCGAUCUCUGUAUUAUGGGCUAUUUUAAAGAUUGUGAAAGUUUUGUUAGGGUGAUUAUAGUGAUUAUAAUAUGGUGUGCUUUAAGUGGAGAAUAGAAGCAUUACUCAAUAUAGAUGGGUUUGAAUGUCAAUUAGUAAAUUGUAGACUCGAAUGGAUUGAAUUAUGGCAUUUUUGGUGCUUUUUCCUUUUGGUUUGCAUCGUAUGCUCGCUAUCUUAUUUCAUCUUAUCUAUUAUGAUUGUCUA